GGGCUCCACGUCGCCCGUGCAGCCAAGAUGGCGGCGGCGGAGGGACUGGGGGCCUCGGACCCGUUGUUCGCAGGGCUGGCGGAUGUGUCCAUUUCUGAGGAGAUCCCGGUGGAAGGACAGAUCACUGUCCCCGUGGGCUCCCACUCUCCCGAUGAAGACGGCUCCACGCUGGACGAGCCCGUGCGGGAAACCAUCAUGAGAGACCUGAAGGCUGUUGGGAAGAAGUUUGUCCACGUCCUGUACCCCAGGAAGAGCAGCACACUCCUCAGGGACUGGGAUCUUUGGGGCCCUUUGGUGCUUUGUGUCUCACUUGCUCUGAUGCUGCAGGGUGGCUCAGCAGACAGCAAGGACGACGGAGGGCCCCAGUUUGCUGAGGUCUUUGUCAUCAUCUGGUUCGGGGCCGUGGUCAUCACACUCAAUUCCAAGCUCCUGGGGGGCACCAUAUCUUUUUUCCAGAGCCUGUGUGUGCUGGGGUACUGCGUGCUGCCUCUGACAGUGGGGAUGCUGGUGUGCAGGCUGGUGCUGCUGGCAGGCUCUGGCACCAUCAGCUUCAUCAUCCGACUCGUGGUGGUGCUGGCCAUGUUUGCAUGGUCAACCCUGGCAUCCACAGCUUUCCUGGCAGACAGCCAGCCCCCCAACCGCAAGGCCCUGGUCGUGUACCCCAUCUUCCUCUUCUACUUUGUCAUCAGCUGGAUGAUCCUCACCUUCACCCCCCAGUGACCUCCCAGCUGCACAGACUGUCACACGGACCGGAGUUUCCUCAGUUAUUUGCAGUUAAUUGUUGGCUUUAUCUCUUCCUAAUUUAUAUAUAGAGAGAUGAUUGUACAGAGGCAGGCGACGGGAUAAAGCCAGAGAACUGCAAAGUCUGGUUGUUUGUGUGUCCCUCUUUUUGAAAGAUUCUGAGGCCCAGCUGCUGGGGUGUUUGAUGUAGCCCUGCUCUGUAGUUGUGUUGAAGCAGAAGUGCACACCCUGGCAGAGGUUCCACCGAGGGACAGAGCUGGAGGUCCUGGAGGUUCAAGCCACUGAGUGGAUGGAGAUGAAGUUACAGGAUGGUUGCUGCUGCUCAGAUCCUCUCUGAAGAUGAACAUGCCUUAUGAAAUAGUCACAGACCUUUGUUGCUGUUAUGUUCUGGGGUAGGGGAGAGCUGUGUUUGACUCCUGUUGUCCUUCAUUCACUUAGGGAGCAGUGAAAUGUGUCUGAGGUGUGUCACAGGGCUGUGGGCUCUCACUUUGACAUCAGAUUUCAGCAACAAAGCAGCCAGGUUUGUUUCACAGGUGACAGCUGGUGAGGGGCCCUGCUCACCUGUGUCCUUGUGUUCCAUCCCCUCACAGCAGGGCAGUGCUCCAGCCAGGUGCCCCCAGCUGUGCUGGCUCAGCUGUGUCACCCCAGGGGGGUGUCUGUACAUGGGGUAGAUCCAGAUCUUUCCACGAGUCCAUCAGUUGGAGUUACAGGCCCUGGAGAAAGAGCCAAGGCUGGUUUGCAGCAGGGCCUCAGCUGUCACUGCACGUGGAGAAGGGAAUUUGUCUGGGGAGUACCAAGAAGGAAAAGUGGAUGUACAAAAAACAAACCAAAGGUUUGUGGAGUCAGCUGAGGUUUUGGUACAUGAGCUGGACUUGGGCCCAAAAGUUUUAAAAUGGGUUGGAAGAAGGGAACUAAGCUGUGAUGAAGUGUUGGCUGCUGUGAGCCUGGCCUGAGCUGCCCACGUGUGACUUGUCACUGGGGUGUCCCUGCAGGCAGCAUUCCAGAGAGCACCCCUGAGUUCACCUCUUGUUUCUUUGUCUGCAUAACAACUUAGGAGAAACUUUUCUAUGUAAUUAUUCCUGCUUCUGGAUUGUUUUUUGUUUGGGUGGGUGGUUUUGUCUGUUUGGUUUUGGGGUUGGUUUGUUUGUUUGGUUUGUUUGUUUGUUGCUUAAUACGUUUUAUACACGGGGAGGAGGUUUUCCUCUGCAGCUCCCUGCAGGUGCCCCCCUGCCUGGGCACCCACUCACAGGUGUGGAAGUGUCAGAGGGACCUGGACAAUCCCUCUGGAACACUCUACAGACCAGAUUGAUGUCAUUUGUGAUUUUCAGUAAACAAGGGGAGAGCUUUGAAACAUCUUCAGGGAGGGGAAAGCUGCUGUUAACAUUUUUUUGUCCCUUUCUCUGGAAAUGAGCAUGGGAUGGGAUUGCCUUUUUCCUGAAGCAAUGCUGGUGGGUGUGGAACUGAUGUACGUGGUCCUGCUGAGGUGUAAAUACUGAUUUAUAGAUAAACCUGCAGUUUCUGAUAUAAACACUAAUUAUUUGACAGUUGGGACGGAAAUUUCUACACGUGCUGAGUAAAAGUAGAUUUUUGCCUUUCUGGGAGCAGAGGGAAGGAGGGGACUGGGUGGCUCCUGGGCUGUGGCUGCCCUGCUGCUCCCAGGAGCUGCACAGACACGGGGGCACAAUGGAAAUGGGGGAUUUUUAAACUUCCAUUAAAUUAUUACUGAUAUGGAAUGUGA